UAUUUCACCAGAUACGAACUCUGUAAAGGGCAAACUCGUCAUAAAAUUCAAACUAUUCAACACUAUAUAAUAACUACGUUGUCAGAACCCCAAACAAACACAACUCCAUGCAGAAACUUUUCUUCCCUACACACCAUAAUUCAUUUCAUACAUAUCAUAAACAUAUCAUUUACUAUCAUAUAGUAUAGAAACUAUAUGCUAAAAUUAAUUUCCAUAUUUCCACAACAACCACCGCAAUGAGUAGCAUUAAGUUUCUCCAAGCUAUAACCGUUACAGUACUGAUAUUAACAUUAUCACUCACCGCCACCGUCCAGUCAUGUCCACCGUCAGACAGGGCGGCGCUACUAGCCUUCAGAGCAGCUCUCCAUGAUCCCUACCUCGGCAUCUUCAACUCAUGGACCGGCACCGACUGUUGCCACAAAUGGUACGGUGUCAGCUGCGACAGAGGCUCCCGCCGCGUCGCCGAUAUCAACCUCCGCGGCGAGUCAGAAGAUCCAAUCUUCGAAAAAGCACACCGCACCGGCUUCAUGACCGGUUACAUCUCACCAGCAAUCUGCAAACUCAACCGCCUCUCAAGCAUAACCGUCGCCGACUGGAAAAACAUCUCCGGCGAAAUCCCCCGCUGUAUAACCUCCCUUCCUUUCCUCCGCAUCAUCGACCUAAUCGGAAACCGUAUCUCCGGUCCUAUCCCCUAUAACAUCGGCAAACUCCAGCGUCUCACCGUUUUAAACAUCGCCGACAACUCCAUCUCCGGUUACCUCCCACCGUCGCUAACCAACCUCAGAAGCCUAAUGCACCUCGACAUCCGUAACAACCAGAUCUCCGGGCCCAUACCUAACGACAUCGGCAGGCUUCCAAUGCUGAGCCGGGCUUUACUUAGCGGUAACAAAAUCAGCGGGCCCAUACCCGAAUCAAUUUCUCGUAUUUACCGUCUCGCAGAUCUAGAUCUAUCUCGUAACCAAGUUUCCGGGCCCAUACCCGAAUCACUAGGUAAAAUGGCGGUUUUAUCCACGCUUAAUUUAGAUAUGAAUCAUAUCUCUGGUCCUAUUCCAAUAACUCUUUUUAACUCAGGAAUAAGUGAUUUAAAUUUAAGCCGAAACAGUUUGGAAGGUAAUAUACCUGAUGUGUUUGGUGUGAGAUCUUAUUUCACGGUUUUGGAUUUGUCUUAUAAUAGACUUAAAGGGAGUAUUCCAAAAUCUAUGGCUUCUGCUUCUUAUAUUGGACAUUUGGAUUUGAGUUAUAAUCAUCUUUGUGGUAAGAUUCCUGAUGGAGUUCCUUUUGAUCAUUUGGAGGCUUCAUCUUUUGUGUACAAUGAUUGUCUUUGUGGGAAGCCACUUAAAGCUUGUGUUAAUUAAACAUACUUAGUUUGUUAUUUCAUCAAGUUAAUUAUAUGUAAUUUGUUAUAGGAACAAGAGUCUUGUGUUUGUUUGUUACUAGUAGUUGUUAGUAGAUUCCCAUGUAUUUGUGUUUGUAAGUUUAAGCAUCAUAUGAUAUAUUGCAUUACAUUAUAGUAUUAUUACAAUAUAAAUAUGAAUGGGCCAAUGCUAUAUAAUUAAGAUA